ACCUCGCCUUUCCUAGAGCAUUCCCUUGUCGUUGUUUAGAUCAGUAAAUCUAGAUUUUUACGUCAGCCCUGUGAAUCAUCUACUUGAGCAUAUAAGACAGUCUUAAAUUUGACAUCCUGACGCUCAACAUGCUUGCGCAGCUUCCCCCGGAAAUCAUACAGCUUAUUGCAAGCUAUUUGCAAUCUGCCAGCGCGUUGGUGAACCUAUCAAUGACCUGUUGGCGUUUACGACAUGUUGUCGCUGCUCAAGACUGGCGCAUUUUUAGAAUCUUUGUUGAGACCAAGUUCCCUGGUGUGGAAACUCCUGAAAUCUGGAGAGAAGCAGCCCAGGCACUCACAUCUCGGUCAAGAGCAUUAGACAAACAUGCAGUUGUCGGAAGAUUCGUCGUACCAGCCGCAGAAGCAGUCAAGGUCGGAUCCCAUAGUUCCACACGAGGGGACAACCCUACUCACGGAUAUCGUCCUGCUCUGGACUCGUAUGAAGUCUGGAAUAGCUCCUCGUGGAACGAUCGAAAGGAGGUACUUGCAUGGGGUGCGGCAGACGAAUUAGUUCUGCGCAUCACCGAACCUGGCCCCAAUUCGAAGGGGAAAUGGGUUGUCUUCAACGAUCUCGACGACAUCAGCAGCCAUGAUGACAUUUGUGGUGUCCAUCUUCUACGUCCUGGACACCCUUCCAAGGAACCCGAGACUGAACAUAUAGUCGUUGCACGAGUGCGCGGAGAGCUUUUCCAUCUCUCUAUCGACCCUAAUAGCGCGUCUCACGUAUACAAGCAGCGGUUCUUGACCUCUGGACAAGGCAUUGAGCGAACAGAUAUGAGUGACGGAAAGGACCCAAUCUUAUCUGCCCACUUGAGCGACGGGUCGAUAUCUUUCUUCACUACCACUUCGGGAGAAGAGAUGGUCCAGCCUUUCGCUCGUCUCAAUGCCGACACUGGCGACGAUUCAAACCUAAGUUCGCGCCACACGUACCACAAGUCCCUUUCACCUACACUCUUCGCAGUCGGCACAGGAAGCGCCCACGAAGCGGUGAUUAUCUCCACCAUUACACCGCAAGGUCUAUCACCCAUUCGUGGGCUCGAUGCAGAGUUAGUGGACUUCGAGCGAGUCAAUCUCCAUAGGCCCAUCAGACCCAAUGUCAACGCCAUUUCUCCCCUAGAUCCCACCGGCCAAGUCUUCCUCGCAGCCUGGGGCGAUAGAGCCAUCAGACUGCACGACCUCCGUUCAAACGACGAAUACGAACAGGUUUACCGUGAUACCACAGACCAAAACCCCAUAUACUGCAUCCACCCCUUUGGCCACGACCGCUUCGUCGUCGGUUCCGGCGGUGACGCUCUAGUCAAGAUCUUUGACCUGCAUAUGCCAAAGAACGAAACAUACAGCUACCGCGAUGCACGUCCUUCCUCGACCCUCCCCAAGAACAACAACGAACCAAUCGUAAACAGCCUCUCAAACCUCUCCCUCACCCCUUUUCCCCGCAAAGACAUCUCCAUCUUCCUCUCCGCCCACCCACCAUCCAGCCGCACCCAAGGCCGUCGCCGCCACAACACCCGUUCCUACCGCGGCGCAAUCUACAGCAUGACUUCGCCCUCCCCCUCUUCACCAACCAUCUACACUGGUGUCGCGGACGGCGUCGUUCGCCUUGACUUCGCCUCCACGGAUGACCUCCUCGGCCCUUGUCAGAACUGGUACCGGGAGCCACUUCUACUCUCUAACGACGUAGGUCUCGACAGCACUGUUGCGCACACCUAUCCCGCGGACAAAGUUCUGGAGUUAUCGGGCUACGAGCGCCCUGAGGAUACUACGUCUUCUAUCACUUUGCGCAAGCAGCAGCCGUUUCGGUCCGUCGGGGUGGAGGAUCAUCUUGCAGAGGAGGUUACAGGGUGGGAUCGGAGGUGGGAGAGGUUGGAGAAGUCGGGGUCGUGGAGACGGGUUGAUGAUUUGGUUGAGUAGUUGGUAAUAUGGAGAUGAUGUUGGGUAAUUGUGAGAGGAAGGGACAAUAGGGUUUGUCUAUGGUGUGGUGUGUGUACUGGAUGUUGUUUACCGGUGUUGGGUUGUUUGGAGACGUUUCAAAAGGCGACUGGUUUAACUAGAUCCGCAUGAGCUAUGCAUACUUGGACUGGGUUGUGGUCCUUCAGCUGGAUUUGGGGACUGAUUGCAUAGCACGAUGCGUGGAUAAAUUUGAAUUGAGCAUAGCAAGAGGCUAAUAUUUACGACGACCUACCGGAUGUACGAUUACUCCAAAGGCUAGGGUUUACAAUGAAAAGC